AUGAACGAGAAGGAGAAUAAGGGAGGUAAUAACGACGAGCCGAACAAAAAGUUUUCGAUAUGGGAUUUGCCCGACGUCCCAAUGGGCCAACUCCCGCCUCACCUCCAGCUUCAAAAGACUCGCGUUGUUUGCAAAGCAGAUGCGCCCAUUCACACUGAUAAUAUAUCUUACUCUGGUGCUUAUGCAUCUAUUGGGGUUGAUAAUAGUGUUCACCUGGAUCUUUUUCGUGACAACUUCAAAGUUAACGUGAUCAGACUCACCAAGGAAGACAUGGAAUUUGAUAUGAUUGGUAUUGAUCCUGCACUGGCAAAUGCUUUUCGGAGGAUUCUAAUAUCCGAGGUACCUACAAUGGCAAUUGAAAAAGUUCUUAUUGCAUAUAAUACAUCGGUGGUUCAAGAUGAAGUGCUUGCUCAUCGAUUAGGUCUCGUUCCACUCAAGGCAGACCCCAGGCUGUUUGAAUAUCUUUCAGCAAAUGAUACACCAAAUGAGAAAAACACUAUAGUUUUCAAGCUCCAUGCUAGCUGUAAACGUGGCGAGCGCCGAACAGUGUAUUCUGAGGAAUUGAAGUGGCUGCCGAAAGGGAGUGAGUUGAUAAAGGAAGCAGGCCAAGCAGAUUCAAAACCCACUACUUAUACUUCAUUUACUUGCAGUCAAGACGUGCUACCGGAAUUCUCAGAGGACCCAAUAAGUCCUUCAGAGGAUAAGAUCAUACUUGCUAAACUUGGCUCUAAACAGGAAAUUGAACUAGAAGCGCAUGCUGUUAAAGGCCUGGGUAAAACACAUGCAAAGUGGUCACCGGUAGCCACUGCUUGGUACCGUAUGCUUCCCGAGGUUGUAUUACUGGAAGAUGUAGAAGAUGAGGUUGCAGAGGAACUUGUGAGGAGAUGUCCUGAUAAAGUAUUUGACAUUGAAGAUAUUGGUCAUGGCAAGAAAAGGGCAACUGUGGCUAGGCCACGGGAUUGCAGACUGUGCCGGGAAUGUGUCAGGGGUGAAGGAUGGGAGGAGCGUGUGGAGUUGCGUCGUGUCAAAGAUCAUUUUAUAUUCACGGUUGAAUCAACCGGAGUAUUGCCACCAGAGGUGCUAUUUACAGAAGCUGUCAAGAUCUUGGAAGAGAAAUGCGAGCGUGUAAUUAGUGAGCUCUCUUGA